AUGAGCACGCCUCCCGACCGCGCCGCCCAAGAUGCAGAGAAGAGGCACGCACAGGUGACAAACAUGUCGGUCCGCACAGACUCCGACUUGGAGAAGAGCGGAGGCGACGGGGCCAAGGGGAACGACCCGUCCACAUCGGACGACGACCGAUCCCGUGUGGCGCAGGACGCGAACACGGACCCGAGUGCCCAUCUCGGCCCUGGGCCAGACACGGCCAGCAUCGCCGGCCGGGAGCUCAGCCGGGCCACCUCGAGGUCGAGCGCCACGCCCAGCCCGCCUCCCGACGGAGGUGUGGCCGCAUGGAUGGCCAUUUUCAGCGCCCACUUGGUUAUUAUGAACACCUGGGGUGUUGUGAACUCUUUCGGCGUUUUCCAGUCGUACUACACCACCCUCCUCUCCCGCCCGCCUUCCGACAUCGCCUGGAUCGGCUCCUUCGAGGUCUUCCUCCUCUUCUUCAUAAGCACCUUCAGCGGCCGCCUCACCGACGCCGGCUACUUUCGCCCGCUCUUCAUCUCCGGUUUCGUCCUCGUCUCUCUCGGCAUGCUCGCCACCUCCUUCUGCACGCGCUAUUGGCACUUCUUCCUCGCCCAGGGCAUCUGCCUAGGGGUCGGCAACGGCCUCCUGUUCUGCCCGGCGCUGUCGACGGCGUCGACCUACUUUGACAAGAGGCGGGGCCUUGCGCUGGGGUUUGUGUCGAUUGGCAGCUCUUCGGGCGGCUUGAUCUACCCGACCAUGGUGAGGCAGCUGCUUCCGUCCAUUGGCUUCGGCUGGACGAUUCGCUCUAUUGCGUUUGUGCAGAUGGGCACAUUGGUCGUUGCAUUCAUGUUCUUGAGGCCCAGGGUGAAGCCGAGAAAGACGGGAAGCAUUGUUGAGUGGGCGGCAUUUAAAGAGUUGGAGUACACCUUCUACGCCGUUGGAUCCUUCCUGAACUACCUAGGCGUUUUCUUCGCCUUCUACUACCUGGCCUCUUAUACCCGAGAUAUCAUUGGCCUGAAUUACAACUCUUCUCUCAACCUCCUACUCGUUCUCAACGGCGUAGGUGUGCCGGGCCGCCUCCUGCCGGGCUACAUCGCCGACCGCAUCGGGUCCAUCAACACCCUCAUCCCCAUGUCCCUGGCUUCCGGCCUUCUCAUGUACUGCUGGGUCGCCGUUUCAUCCACAGCAGGUCUGUACGCUUGGACGCCCUUCUACGGAAUUGCGGCGAGCGGGAUCCAGAGCCUUUUCCCUGCCGCUCUAAGCCAGUUGACGAGCGACCCGAGGAAGCAGGGUACGCGGAUGGGCAUGACGUUUACAAUCGUCAGCUUUGCCGUGUUGACGGGGCCCCCGAUUGCCGGGGCCAUCAUUUCCGCCGCAGACGGGAAGUACGUCGGGGCACAGGUUUUUGCGGGAACUUGUUUGAUGGCGGGCACAUGCUUUUGGGUUGCUGCGCGGAUGGUGAAGACGAGAAAAGCUGGCGGGGGACUAUGGUUCAAGACCUGA